AUGCGCAGAGGCAUCGCUUUCCUCUACCCGUGCGCGGUGGUGGUGGCUGUGGUGGUCAGCGCAGCGGUGGUGUUGGCGGCGCCGAUGUACAAGGUGGAGCUGGUGCAGGUGGUGCACCGCCACGGAGCCCGCUCCCCGCUCGUCGAUGACAACCACACACUCAUCUGCGGCACUGAGUUCCCGUGCGGGUUUCUCAACUACGAGGGUCAGGCGAUGCUAGUGAACUUGGGUGAGUACCUGCGCCAUCGCUACACGGAGGACCGUUCGGUCGUGUCGACGCCAUACUUCCCGUACAGCUGGUACAACCUAUCUAUCUCGUAUACGCGCUCGACGGAUGUGCUGCGCACGCUACAGAGCGCCAACGGGCUUCUGCGGGGCCUCUUCCCGAACAACUCAGAUUUCUUUCCUGCGAUCCACACGGUGGGAAGCGAGGGGGAUGUGCUACUGCACAGCUCGAUGGUGCCGAUGAUUCGCGCUCGCUUCAAUUACGCGAAGCAGGAGCGGCGGGCCGCGUGCGACCAGGUGUUAGACAGACUAAUGUCAUUUGAUCAGCUGCAGGCGGUAGCGGCGGAGGUACACUCGCAGGGGUUUUGCGCCAACUACACCCUGCGCUCGCGUUGUGCGGAGCGGUUGUGCGACAUUGGGCGCGCAUACGAGUCCACUGGCCGCUUGGGAAGCCUCCCGCUGCUUAAUCGACACCUGGAAGACGUGUGUGCUGUGACAGCGAUGAGCUCACAUUUCUGUUUCGCUUACAACGCCAGCAAUCCCGUCCAUCAGAAGCAAGGUGCACCGUUCUACCACCUGGCGAAACUGCUGGUGAGCAACAUGCUGGCGCACCAGCAGCGCGAGACGGCGCCGCCGUACAAGCUGUACGAGUACAGUGCACACGACACCACUAUCUCGCCCCUGGCGGUUUCCUUCGGUGAAAGCUCGAUGGAGGCGAUGCUGCCGCCCUUCGGCACAGCGUUUAUCAUGGAACUCCUGUCGCUGACGGACGCGCCUGCCGCGUCGUCGCGCUUCUACGUGCGGCUGCUGCGCGGCCACUCUGGUGCGAAGCCGGAGAGCAACUUCACCUUCGCUCUGAGUCACUUCGACAUGCGCUGCAGGGAUGCGACAGGCAAUACGUACAUUGCGACGGACAACAUAUGUCCCUUCACCGACUUUGAGCGCUUUAUAGACUCCACCGCGCCAACGAGCCCGAUGGGCACGUGCUACCUAGAUCCUGGUCUGCUGCUCCGCAUGGACUGUCCGAUUGACACCUCCGGCGACAACCGCAGCUUGUCCGAGGACUGCCUCUUCUACCGCAAGCACUGCAGCAAUUACUCGUGCGGCACCGGCUACUACCUCGACGCAAUCGACUACAACUGCCACCGCAUCCCGGCGAACAACUCGACGACUGUGUCGUCGCCCAUGUCUAGCGGCGGCAUUGCUGCCCUGAGCAUCGUGCUCUUCAUCAUUGGCGGAGUGGCGAGCAUCGGCGGCAUGGAGGUGUGGAAGCGCUACAAGAAGUUCAAAGGGCAGCAAUCCGAGGUGCUUAUCGUCUGA